CCAAUACCAAAAUAAAUGUACAACUUAAAACUGCUUCGACAAUGACAGUAGUACAUCUGAGUUGUACAUUUAAACAGUAGUACAUUUAAAAGAAAAGGAACAAUACAGAUUAAGUGCAUAGCAUAUGCGUCAUAAUAACUUCUUACAUGAAAUAUAUUUUAUACAUGAAAUAAUAUAUUUUAGCGAAAUGAGUAAUAAAAUGAGAAUUAUGAUACUGUAAGAAGUUUUUAUGACUCAAUGAUUAGUCGUCUUAAAUAUGGAUUCCAGAAACAUGUAAAUUUGCUGCAUAAUUUUAAGAGGUAUAAAUAGUAUACCUACAUUGAUUAAACAUUAACACUGUUCUUCAUUGUAGUGAUUUUAAAAGCACAUGAACGUAACUGAUAGUGACGAGAGGUCGGGUCAAUGGUCAUUCAUAAAACAUACACUUCAUUGUGAUAAUAAUAUCAUAUGCAGCAUAUAUUUUGAGUAUAUUAUAUCUAGCUUACCACGCGGAAACAUUCGCAAUAACAUUAAAUGGCCGAUAUAAAAAUUAAGAUAGCCUGUAAUUAAAAUAGUUAUAUUACCAGUGAUUUGACGUGGUUAAAAAAGAAAUACUUUUUAGGAAUUUCUUAUUUUAAGAUGGAAUUAAAGAUAUUUUUUUACUUUUUGCUAUAGUGAUUUGCUAGAAUAAACUAAACAUAUAAAAAUACCGGAAGGACGAGAAGGAACGAAACAUACACGGAUAAUAUCAGUACACAGCCAGAGUGUGAUCAUGAUAAACCUAAGAUACAGUAGCUUACUAUAAUUAAAACAAGGAAACAAACAAUAAUACGAUACCAGUAUCGGAAUUGGAGAGAGGAGGAGGGUUGAGAUCCAGUCUGCUGCCAGAGUGGGGAUUCGAGCAAGAUAGAGAGAGGAAGAAAAGCAUGAACCUGUGUCUUCGAGUUCAUACUCUAUCCUCUGUCGCGGACAGUCCGCCUCCUGCCUACCCAUCGCUUUUAGACGUUCAAGUAUCAAGCUGCAUGCUACGCUAUUCGUUAGUGUGAUAAAUGAGUGUUCGAGCCUAAUCAACUCUAUCACUGAGCUGAACUCACACCAAGCGCGGAACGAUGGAGAUAUUGAUGCACGAAGCAAGUAAUCGGCAGGAAAUAGAUACAAAUAUGCCAAUUAGCACGACCGAUUCUAAAUCUGUGCUCAAGGAAAAACGUGACGACUUAGGCGAGCUUGCCCAUGUCGGAACGCAUGAUAAUAACAGAGAAUCAGUUGAUAUCAUCUUUGAGGACAUCGCUUAUACCGUAAACCUUGGUUGUAAGAAAGGGCAAAAGGAGAUAUUGCACGAAAUUAAUGGAAGGCUUCCUAGCAAACAACUGAUCGCCUUGAUGGGACCGUCUGGUGCGGGAAAAUCUACAUUACUUGACGUUCUGUCUGGUUUUCGCGUAACCGGAGUGGACGGUGUUGUAUUCGUUAACGGUCGCGUCCGGCAUCUUAACACUUUCCGCAAAUGCAGCGCAUACAUCACACAAGACGAUCGAUUAGAACCUUUGCUUAAUGUGCUGGAGAAUAUGCGAGUCGCUGCUGAUUUAAAACUACCAACUGAUACGCCACGACAUAAAAAGGAAAUGAUUAUCGAAGAGAUUCUCACAACACUUGGCUUGUACGAACACAUGGAUACGAGAGCCGGUAGAUUAAGUGGCGGUCAAAAGAAACGGCUGUCCAUUGCUUUAGAAUUAGUCAACAAUCCUACAGUAAUGUUCCUUGACGAACCUACCACAGGAUUAGACAGCUCGUCAUGUAUGCAAGUUAUAAAUUUACUUAAGAUUCUUGCACGACAAGGAAGGACUAUAAUUUGCACUAUUCAUCAACCUAGUGCAUCUCUAUUUCAACUCUUUGACUUGGUGUACGUUCUAUCAAAAGGAGACUGUCUUUACCAAGGAGCAACUAAUAAAUUACUGCCAUAUUUGGAAAACAUAAAACUGCCAUGUCCUAUGUAUCACAAUCCUGCAGACUAUAUAAUCGAACUUGCCUGCGGAGAAUAUGGUGACGAUAAAAUUGACAUGUUAAUAACGGCGUCGCAAAAUGGAAGAAACUUGCAAUGGUUCGACAACCCGGAAGCCCUGAAAGAUGCAAAAAGUUUAAGAGCGGCACAUCCUUUGAGAAAUUCGAACAUACCGGAAAGAAGUAGUCCCUUACACGCGACCAAUUUCUAUUACCAAUUGAAAGUCUUAUUAAGAAGAGGUUUUAUUAUGUGCAAACGAGAUACGACACUGACACACUUGCGCAUCGGAGUUAACAUAAUUGUUGGUGUGAUGCUUGGAUUAGUUUUUCUACGGUCCGGCGCAGACGGCUCGCGCGUUUUGGACAAUUACAAUCUUCUUUUUUCUAUCCUUAUACAUCACAUGAUGACAACGAUGAUGCUUACUGUGGUGACUUUUCCAAUGCAGAUGUCUAUCCUCAUUAAGGAACAUUUUAAUAGAUGGUACAGCUUGAAAGCAUUUUACGCAGCGUUAACGGUGAUUGAUCUGCCAAUUUCAAUAGUGUGCUGUAUAUUAUUCUCGUUAAUUGUAUACUUUAUAUCGGCACAACCAUUGGAGAUCGUACGAUUCUGCAUGUUUUUAUCCAUUAGUUUAUUUAUCAUGUUCAUAGGCCAAGGAACUGGUCUCAUGAUAGGCGCUGUGUUCAACGUAGUAAAUGGUACGUUUAUGGGACCGGCAUUAGCGGUACCACUGAUGAUGUUUGCUGGAUUCGGAGUUUCUUUACGUGAUCUACCAUCCUAUCUGAAAUGGGGGAGUUACAUUAGUUAUUUACGAUAUGGCCUAGAAGGACUCGUUUGUGCCAUCUACGGGCUGGACAGGCCUAUCUUAGAUUGCAAAGAGAAGGGUGAAAUAUAUUGUCAUUAUAAGUAUCCUAAGAAAUUUCUGGACGACAUCGCCAUGAGAGGAGACCAAUUUUGGAACGAUAUUAUUGCACUUUUCGCAAUACUGAUCAUCACAAGAUGCGGUGCAUAUCUACUUUUACGAUGGAAACUGAUGUCACUACGAUAA